AGAUUCCAACUCAAUCAAAUCACAAAGCAAUGGCUCAAGUUCACUUCACCAUCUUUCUAUUUUCUUCCAUUUUCGUAAUCUCCUCAUCGAGCUUCAUCCCGCCGCCUCACCCCUUCGAUCCCUUGACCGAGACUGAACUCAAACUCGUCCGAACCAUCAUCAAUAAGUCGUACCCUAUUGGUCAUAACCAUAAGUUCACUUUCCAAUACGUGGGUCUCAACGAGCCCGACAAGUCCCUAGUGAUCUUGUCGUGGCACUCCUCACCAGGCCACAACGUCAAACCACCACCACGUCAAGCUUUUGUCAUUGCCCGAGAUAAGGGCAAGAGCCGAGAGAUCGUAGUUGACUUUUCCACUCGAGCCAUUGUCUCAAACAAGAUCCACGUAGGAAAUGGUAACCCUAAGCUCACUAUUGACGAGCAGCAAGCAGCCACCGCGCUUGUUCUUAAGUUCAAGCCGUUCUGUGACUCGAUAGUGAAACGCGGCUUGAACUUGUCGGAAGUUGUGGUCACGUCCUCCACGAUGGGAUGGUUCGGUGAGAAGAAGACAAAGAGGUCUAUAAGAACGAUACCCUUUUAUCUAAACGGAUCGGUGAAUACGUAUCUUAGACCAAUUGAAGGCAUGACGAUAAUCGUUAACCUUGACCAGAUGAAAGUAGUGGAGUUCAAGGACAGGUUCACGGGUCCUAUGCCAAAGGCUGACGGGAGAGAGUACCGUAUCUCAAAUCUCAAGCCGCCGUUUGGCCCGUCACUUCGAAGUGCCGUCUUUUACCAGCCGGACGGUCCAGGGUUUAAGAUCGAUGGACACGUCGUGAGAUGGGCAAAUUGGGAAUUUCACAUGUCAUUUGACGUUCGAGCCGGUCUUGUCAUCUCUCUCGCGUCCAUUUUCGACAUGGACAUGAACAAAUACCGGCAAGUCCUAUACAAAGGCCAUUUGUCGGAGAUGUUCGUACCUUACAUGGACCCAAAUGAUGACUGGUACUUCAUCAGUUACCUAGACUGUGGUGAAUUUGGUUGCGGCCAAUCUGCCGUGUCCCUUGAGCCGUACACAGAUUGUCCCCCAAAUGCCGCCUUCAUGGAUGGCGUCUUUGCGGGACAAGAUGGAACUCCUACAAAAGUAUCAAAUGUUAUGUGCAUUUUCGAAAAAUAUGCUGGAGAGAUUAUGUGGCGACAUACCGAAGCUGAAGUACCCGGCUUAAAAAUCACAGAGGUUAGACCAGAUGUAAGUCUUGUAGCCCGGAUGGUGACGACAGUGGGGAACUACGAUUACAUCAUUGAGUAUGAGUUCAAACCUAGCGGUUCCAUCAAAAUGGGGGUCGGUUUAACCGGUGUUUUAGAAGUAAAACCCGUGGAAUAUGUUCACACAUCAGAGAUCAAAGAAGACGACAUCUACGGGACAAUUGUUGCUGACAACACAGUCGGAGUCAACCACGAUCAUUUCGUGACAUUCCGUCUUGAUCUUGAUAUCGAUGGUACCGAUAAUUCCUUUGUUCGUAACGAACUUGUGACUAAGAGGACUCCAAAAUCUGUUAACACACCGAGAAAAAGCUAUUGGACAACAAAACGAAACAUAGCAAAAACCGAGGCAGAGGCUCGGGUGAAACUAGGGCUGAGAGCCGAGGAAUUGGUGGUGGUUAACCCUAAUAAAAAAACUAAGCAUGGCAAUGAGGUUGGAUACCGUCUACUUCCUGGGCCGGCUUCAAGCUCACUUCUUGCCCAAGAUGACUACCCACAAAUUCGGGCAGCAUUCACCAACUAUAACGUGUGGAUCACGCCGUAUAACAAAUCGGAGGUUUGGACUAGCGGUUUGUACGCUGAUCGGAGCCAAGGUGACGACACAUUAGCCGUAUGGAGCCAAAGAGAUAGGGAAAUAGAGAAGAAAGAUAUAGUGAUGUGGUACACCGUUGGAUUCCACCAUGUCCCAUGCCAAGAAGAUUUUCCGACGAUGCCUACUGUGUUUGGCGGCUUUGAACUUCGGCCAACCAACUUUUUCGAGCAAAAUCCUGUCCUCAAGGCUAAACCUAUCAAUCUCACCACCAUUCCAAAGUCAUCCACCAUACCUCUAGGCUCUGUCCUUUACGCAUCCGGUCCCAACCAGUCUUGGUCGUCUCCCAAUAGUACUUUCUCUGUUUCCUUUGUUCCAGCGUCUUCUCCUGAUUCCUUUUUGGCCGCUGUUUCUUUCACUGGAAACGUUACCAUAUGGUCAGCAGGAACCGUUGACUCACGAGGAUCACUUCGUCUUCUCACUUCGGGCUCUCUCCGCCUUACCAAUGGCUCCGGCACCACUGUUUGGGAUUCUGGAACGGAUCGUCUCGGUGUUACUUCCGGUUCGAUUAAAGAUUCCGGUGAACUUGUUCUCCUCAAUAACCGAAGCGUUCCGGUUUGGUCUUCCUUCGAUAACCCGACGGACGUGAUCGUCCAGUCGCAGAAUUUCACUAUCGGUUCUCCGAUCUGCACGAACCUAUCGUCCCCGGUCUUAGGUUUGCAGAGUAACGGAGUUCUAUCGAUCUUUGAUUCCACUCUCAAUGGUAGAAGUGAAACCGUUUACAGUGGCGAUUUCGGCGAAAGUGGGAAUACGUUUAGGUUCUUGAAGCUAGACGAUGAUGGGAAUUUGAGAAUCUACAGUUCUAAGAAUAGAAACAGUGGCCCAGUGGUGCCUCAAUGGUCGGCUGUUGCUAACCAAUGUCUCGUUUAUGGAUAUUGUGGAAACUUUGGGAUUUGUAGUUACAAUGAUACCAAACCGAUUUGCUUGUGUCCGUCUUAUAACUUUGAUCUUGUUGAUGUGAAUGAUAGAAGAAAGGGAUGCAAGAGAAAAUUGGAGCUAAGUGAUUGCUCUGGCAACACAACCAUGCUUGAUUUGGCUCACACAAGUUUCUUUACAUACGAGAAAGAUACGUUCUCGGAUGUUUUCUUUGCGAGUACUUCGCCUUGUAGAGCUAAUUUUCUUAUUAGCUCUUCUUGUGUUGCUUCUGUCUCGAUGUUUGAUGGGUCAGGCACUUGUUGGCUAAAACAACCUGGUUCCUUCUUUACCGGGUACCAGACACCAUCGGUUCCGAGUACUACUUAUGUUAAAGUAUGCGGUCCAGUGUUGCUUAGCCAACCUUUUAUUGACACAAAAGGCGGCGGUAACAACUCGAAAAUGCACUUGUGGAAAUUAAAACUCAUACUCGGUGUAUCAGCAGCUUCAGUUGUUAUUAUCAUUAUUUUGGUCGCGUUGAUAGUAAAGGCAAAGAAGGCGAGAAAGGGGAACAAGAGAGCUAUAAUAUACGAGUUCAUGCCGAAUGGAUCCCUCGACAAGUUUCUUGCUGAGAAUAUGUCAACGAAUAUGGAAUGGGAAAAAUUAUUUGAUAUAGCGUUAGGUGUCUCUCGCGGCCUAGAGUAUUUGCACAAUCGUUGUGUAUCAAGGAUUGUGCAUUUCGACAUAAAGCCGCAAAACAUACUCAUGGACAAAGAUCUUUGUCCCAAAAUUUCAGAUUUCGGUCUUGCUAAGCUCUGCAAAAAUAAUGAGAGCAUCAUGUCAAUGCUACAUGCGAGAGGGACGGUAGGAUACAUUGCUCCAGAAGAGUUUUCCAAGAAUUUUGGCGGAGUUUCGCAUAAGUCAGAUGUAUAUAGUUACGGGAUGGUGGUUCUUGAGAUGAUCGGAGCAAGGAAUAUAGAAAAGGUUGAAAAUUUUGGAUCCAACCAUAGUUCAAUGUACUUUCCUGAUUGGAUUUAUAAGGAUUUUGAGAGGGGAGACAUCAUGAGUAUUUUUGGAGAUCGUAUAACUGAAGAAGAAGAGAAAAUUGCGAAGAAGAUGGUAUUGGUUGGUCUAUGGUGUAUUCAAACAAGUCCAUUUGAUCGUCCACCAAUGAUCAAAGUCAUUGAAAUGUUAGAGGGGAAUAUAGAGGAUCUCCAACUUCCACCUAAACCUCUCUGGUGCUUACCCGCAUCAACGGUUCCAAAUACUCUUGAAGACAGUAAUGAGACUAAUUCAAGCUUCUCUAACCCAAGCUAAGUCAAUUUGAAAGAGGUACCCUCUCAGCUUGUAAAGAGAGCCAUCAUAGGUCAAGGUCCUCAUAGACAGUAAUACAUAUAUUUGUUAAAA